CUCGGCUUUGCCUCCGCCAACCACACGGGCUGGUGGUUUUUACUCCAGUGUAUAAAAGCGAUCCCAGGCGUCCUGGCAGCAUCAGAGUUCAUCUGUUUGCCUCGAGGAAAUCAUCUCCGCCCCGAAAAAUACCGUAUUCCAAAUAGCAAUCAUGAAGUGCAUCGCAGCUGUAGUCAUGGUGGCUUUCGCCGUUGUUGCCCAGGCCAGUUACGCGCCGUUGGUGUAUAGUGCAGCUCCUUGGGCCUACACCCUGCCUCACACCACCGUAGUUCAGAGUAAUUCGGCCCCGAAGCUGAUCGCCGCUCCAUGGGCCUACGCUCCCAGUGCGUACGGAGCACCUCUGGCCUAUGCUAGUGCGCCCUACUACGCGUACGCCAGUGCUCCGCUGGCCUACUCUGCCCCGGCCCUGCUGCUCCAGAAGGAGGCUCGCUACUUGGCCGCCAACCGAGGUGCCAUCCACGAGGCCCCUCUGCCCGGACAUGAGAUGUCCCAGCAGCAGCUCAAUCUGGAACCGGCUGCGGGAACCAAUUGAAUCGAGUGAGGUGCAACAGCGGUGUGUGAUGUUUUUUUCUAAGAGGAGAAACGGACUAAUUGUGACUCGUGUUUUUCUUAUAAUUUGACUGUGAGCUGGAUUUCUGGUGAAUAAAUUGAAAGUGAGUUAUACUAAAAA